GACGCAACGUUUUCCGGAAGUAGCCCGGCGGCGCCGUUGCCGCGGAGACGGGACGCCGCUCUGCCCGCCCCGAUCUCUCAGCUUCUUCUCCCAACGUCGCCACCAACCAUGGCCUCGUCUUGGUCGUCUUGGUCGUCUACGGGAAGGAGAUCAGCGGGAAGAGGCAGAGCCCGGUACAGCCCCGAGACCUGGGAGGUGCUGAGAGCCCUGAUGGAGGAGUCGAAGCUGACGAGUUUCCAGAGGCGAUGCCUGAUGGACUGCCUGAGGCGGGGAGAUUCUCUGCCCCUCCAGUGCCACCCCACCUCCAGCCAAGAACUAGUGCCCUCACCUCCUGCUUCCUUCCCACCAUGCCGUCAGCCAAGCAAGCUGUCAGCUAAACCCCAUCUUCGGCCUGCUGAGGUCUGCCGGGCAGGAGAUGCCUACACCCGAGAGAAAUUCAAGCCACAGGCAAGGCGAGAUUUGGAAAAGGAGAAGCAGAGGCUCCAAAAUAUCUUAGCAACUGGGAAGGAUGUGGUGGAGCACCGAGCAAAACAGAAACUGGUUCAGACAAAGGAAGAGGAGAUGCCUGAGCUUGACCGCUUUGAAGAACUGGUGAAUGAAGUUCGGGAGAGGAGGGAGUUCCUGGCAGAGAUGGAAGCCCUAGGACAGGGCAAGAAGUAUCAGGGAAUUAUCUUCACUGAAAUCUCACAGAAAAUACGGGAGAUGGAGAUCAUUGACAAGAAGAGAAGUGAGGAAGUGAAAGAGAUCAUGACAAAAGACUUUCCUAGUGGGAACAAAUCUGGUGUCCUCGACUAGGCAAGGGAAAAAACACAAGUGCAGUUUGUUCCCAACUCUUCUCCCAGGCCCUGGGCAUGGGUGUCUCAAGGCCUGGCCUGUGCCUUGCCCAUCUCCUAGUGGUUCCCCCGAAGAGGGGGCAGUGUGACCUGUUGCCUAAAGCCAGAAGGGAGGAACGAUUUGUACACAGCUUGUAACAGAAGCAAGCUGCUAUAAAUCCUCCCCACGCACUGGAUCCCUUCACACUUUACAACCUUAAAUAGAUGAAAACACAGUAGCAGCUAUUAAAGCACGACAGAGAAGAGCCUCCUUCUGAGUCUGCAUUGUUUCAGAGUACAGCACUCUGCACAGCUGAAAACAUCACCCCUUCUCCUCCAUCUACCCAGAGGCAGAGGUUUAUGGUGGCAGUACACUGCAAACAUCACCACCCACGUCUACAACCCACUCCAGUCCACGUGAGCCUGGGAAUGGCUGUGUUGACAUGUGUGAGGAGGAAGAUGCAGUCGCCUGGCCUUGCACAAAUGCGAGCCUCCAACAUUAUUGCAGGUCAGCAUGACUGCAUCAGCAGACUUCUCAGCAGCAGCUGAGCUGGGCAGGCACUCAGGAACACAGCUGCAGCAUGGGGGGUUGGGGAGAGGGGAUUUCAGCCUGGAGCAUGUUGAUCUUUGCAGCAGGCUUGCUGUGGUUUUUUGGUUCCUGAAAGCAUGGUAUGCUGAAUAGCCAUCAGCUUCCCACAGAGCCUGGAAAUGGCUGUUGACUCACCAGGCUGAAGCAUGAUGCCCCUUUAUUCCCACAUAAAAACCAGCAA